CCGGUGGGCAGCUGCCCUGCCUGCCGAGCAGCUUGCUUUGCCGCGCGGCGCCGGGCUCGCUCCAUCCUGGCGGCCGCUCGUAAGGGUUGCCUCGGUCCGUCGGCCUCCCUCAAAGCCCUGUAGCGAUCGUGGCCGCGUAUGGUUUUCGCGCGUCAGGCUCAUGAAUUUGCGUCGUGUUGCACCACCAAA